AUGACGGUCCCGCGGAGGGGAGGGUACGAGAGGCGGGACCAAAGUCUUCCCCGCUUCUCGGCGCUGGCGAGUCCGGGACUAGGGCUGGAGAGAUCGCCGGGGAGCAUCGUCACCACUCCUGCACGGAGCCUCGCCUGGCCGAAUACUGCACAGUGCACACGUCGGGAUUGCAAAACAUUCCUGAGAAAUAUACCUGCUAUUUAUGGCAUGUGGCUGGUAACUUUACUCCUGCUGUAUUCUUUUCAAGAAGUGCACAGCGAGGAUGUGGUCUCAACGCGGCUGUACUUUGUGAAUGCUUCCCUGCAGAGAGUGACCUUCUCCAGCUCAGUGGGGGUGUCCCUGCCCUGUCCUGCGGGUGGCGCCCCCCAUGCCGUCCUCCGCUGGUACCUGGCCACUGGCGACGACAUCUACGACGUGCCACACAUCCGCCACGUUCACGCAAACGGCACGCUGCAGCUCUACCCCUUCUCCCCCUCUGCCUUCAACAGCUUCAUUCAUGAUAAUGACUACUUCUGCACUGCCGAGAACCAGGCCGGCAAGAUCCGCAGCCCUAGCAUCCGUGUCAAAGCAGUCUUCAGGGAACCUUACACAGUUCGUGUGGCGGACCAAAGGUCCAUGCGGGGCAACGUGGCCGUCUUCAAGUGCCUCAUCCCCUCUGCUGUGCAGGAGUACGUCAGUGUGGUGUCCUGGGAGAAGGACACUGUCUCCAUCGUCCCAGGUAACAGGUUUUUCCUGACAUCAUAUGGGGCCCUCUACAUAUCUGAUGUUCAGAAAGAGGAUGCCCUCUCUACCUACCGCUGCAUCACCAAGCACAAGUACAGCGGAGAAACCAGGCAGAGCAACGGGGCUCGUCUCUCUGUGCUGGACCCCACUGAAACCCCGCCUUCUGUGAUGGACAGUUUCCAGUCAGGAGAAGUACAAGUGGGGCGAAGCAUAGAGUUGCCCUGCAUCGCCUCCGGUUACCCCAACCCCACCAUCCGCUGGUUGAAAGAUGGGAGGCCACUUCCUGCAGACUCCCGCUGGACACGGCGACUGACCGGCCUCACAAUCAGCGACCUCCGUCUGGAAGACUCUGGAAACUACAUCUGUGAAGUCACCAACAGCUUUGGCUCCAAAGAGGUCACAGGACACCUUAAUGUCAUCGAGCCUCUAAGAGUCACAUUAUCCCCCAAGAACCUGAAAACAGGCAUCAGCAGUACAGUGAUUCUGUCCUGUGCCGUUCAGGGCUCGCCCCACUUCACCGUCUCCUGGUUUCGCAACACAGAACCCAUCGUGCCUGACCAGUACUUCUCCAUCCAGGGAGCCCACAACGAGACUCUCUUCAUCACGGCAGCCCAAAAAAGACACUCAGGGGCAUACCAGUGCUUCGCCACCCGCAAGGGUCAGACCGCACAGGACUUCUCCAUCAUACUGCUUGAGGACGGCACCCCACGGAUCGUCUCGUCUUUCAGUGAGCGCGUAGUAGCCCCUGGCGAGCCCUUCUCUCUCAUGUGCGCGGCCAAAGGCGCUCCACCCCCCACUAUCACCUGGACGCUGGACGACGAGCCGGUAGCGCGGGACUCGGCGCACCGGGCCAGCCAGUACACGCUCUCCGACGGCUCCACUGUCUCGCACGUCAACGUCACAAACCCCCAGAUCCGGGACGGGGGCGUGUACCGCUGCGCCGCACGCAACUCGGCCGGUAGCGCCGAGUACCAAGCGCGCAUAAACGUAAGAGGUCCUCCCAGUAUCCGGGCCAUGCGGAAUAUCACAGCUGUGGCCGGUCGCAACACUUUCAUUAACUGUCGUGUGAUUGGCUACCCUUAUUACUCUAUCAAGUGGUUCAAAGACGGGACAACGCCGUUGCCAGACAACCAUCGUCAGGUGGUGUAUGAGAAUGGCACUCUGAAGUUGAGCGAUGUGCAGAAGGGUGCGGAUGAGGGGGCGUAUCUGUGCAGCGUGCUCAUCCAACCCCAGCUCUCCAUUAGCCAGACUGUCUACGUCACAGUCAAAGUUCCUCCCCUCAUCCAGCCCUUUGACUUCCCUCCAACCUCCAUCGGUAAGCUGAUGUACAUAGCUUGCGUGGUGUCUUCCGGAGACAUGCCAAUCCGGAUCACCUGGAGGAAGGACGGGCAGGAGAUCGUGUCAGGAACAUCAGGAGUCACCAUCGAAACCAAGGAGUUCAUGAGCUCCCUUCAGAUCUCCAAAGUUUCAUUGGAGCACAAUGGAAACUACACCUGUAUUGCCAGCAAUGAUGCAGCAACUGUCAGUUCAGAGAGACAACUCAUAGUAACAGUUCCCCCUGGUUUUCGGGUUCAGCCCAAUAACCAAGAUGGUAUCUAUGGCAAGUCUGAAGUUCUGAACUGCUCUGUGGAAGGGUACCCUCCUCCCAAAGUUGUCUGGAAGCAUGCCAAAGGUAUAGGGAACCCCCAGCAGUACCAUCCAGUUCCACUGACAGGUCGCAUCCAGAUCCUGUCCAACGGAUCUCUGCUGAUCCGCCAUGUUUUAGAGGAAGACCGGGGAUAUUACCUGUGUCAGGCCAGCAACGGAGUGGGGUCCGACAUCAGCAAGAGCAUGAUGCUCACUGUUAAAAUUCCAGCUAUGAUCACAUCCCACCCAAACACUACCAUGGCCAUAAAGGGGCAGAACAAGGAGUUAAACUGUACCGCCCGGGGUGAGUACCCCAUCAUCAUCCGCUGGGAGCGAGGUGACACCGUUAUUGACCCAGACCGUAACCCUCGGUACUCCAUCACUACCAAUUCCAACGAGAAAAGUGAUGAAGUUAUCUCCACACUGAAGCUGAAGCCAGCGGAGCGAGGGGAUUCCGUCUUUUUCUCCUGCCACGCCAUCAACUCAUACGGCGAGGGCCGAGGGCUCAUCCAGCUUACGGUGCAAGAACCCCCUGACCCCCCAGAGCUGGAGGUUCGAGAGGUCAAAGAUCGCAGUAUGAACCUGAGGUGGACGCAGCGGUUUGACGGCAACAGCAUCAUCACCAGCUACGACAUCGAGUACAAGAACAAAUCCGACCCGUGGGAGCUGAAACAUGCCACCCGUAAGAUCUCGCCCACUAACAACCAGGCCAACAUAGUGGAGCUCCACCCGGCGUCCGUGUACAGCAUCCGCAUGUACUCCUACAACAAGAUCGGACGCAGUCAAGCCAGCAAAGAGCUGACCAUCAGCACAGAGGAAGCACCUCCUGAUGGGCCACCCAUGGAUGUGAUUUUACAGCCAAUGACCUCUCAGAGUAUCCGUGUCACCUGGAAGGCACCUAAGAAAGAGCUCCAGAAUGGAGUGAUCCGUGGCUAUCAGAUUGGUUAUAGGGAGAAUGGACCGGGCAGUAACGGACAGUACAGUAUAGUGGAGAUGAAAGCCACAGGUGAUAGUGAGGUGUACACCCUGGAUAACUUGAAAAAGUUUGCUCAGUAUGGUGUGGUGGUCCAAGCGUUCAACCGAGCCGGAACUGGACCUUCCAGCUCUGAGAUCAAUGCCACAACACUUGAGGAUGUUCCCAGCCAGCCGCCCCAGAAUGUACGGGCCAUUACGGUGACAUCAGACGAGGCGGUGAUCACGUGGUCCGAGCCCCCGCGGAUGACCCUGAAUGGGGUUUUGAAGGGCUACCGUGUCGUGUUCUGGUCCCUCUACCCCGAUGGAGGUGGGUGCUGUGGGGGCCAGACACUUAGGCUCAAUCAGAAAUGGGGAGAGAUGCAGAACAUCACUACCACUCGUGAGCAGGUGGAGCUGAAGGGCUUGGAGAAGUUCACAAACUACAGCAUUCAGGUUCUGGCCUACACACAGGCAGGAGAUGGCGUCCGCAGCAACGUACUCUACAUACAGACCAGAGAAGACCACCCCGGUCCUCCAGCAGGCAUUAAAGCCGUCCCAUCCUCUACCACCAGUGUGGUGGUAUCCUGGCUUCCCCCUAUCAAGCCCAAUGGUAUCAUCCGAAAAUACACAAUUUACUGUUCAAGCCCUGGAUCAGGCCAACCGGCACCCAGCGAAUACGAAGCCAACCCUGAGCUGCUGAUAUACAGAAUCACCCACCUGACCCGGGGUCAGCAGUAUUUGAUCUGGGCAGCCGCCGUCACCACUGCUGGUCGGGGCAAUAUCAGCGAGAAGGUGACUGUGGAGCCUGCUGGGAAAGCUCCUGCUAAAAUCCUGUCUUUCGGAGGAACGGUGACCACUCCGUGGAUGAAGGAAGUUCGGCUGCCGUGCAGCUCAGUGGGAGAGCCAACACCCACCAUCAAAUGGACCAAAGACAGUGAGGACACCGCCAUCCCAGUUACUCAAGAUGGUCACCGGAAUAUUCUUUCAAAUGGUACCCUGGUGCUGCGCUCUGUGAAAGCAGAGGAUUCUGGGUACUACACCUGCACGGCCACCAACACACUGGGGUUUGACACAAUCAUCGUAAACCUGCUGGUACAAGUGCCUCCAGAUCAACCACGUUUGACAGUUUCCACCACGUCCACUUCUUCAAUCACUCUGGCUUGGAUCCCUGGAGACAAUGGAGGAAGUUCCAUCAGAGGUUUCGUGCUGCAGUAUUCAGCAGAUAACACUGAGGAGUGGAAGGAUGUCUUUAUUAGCUCCAGUGAACGCUCUUUCAAGUUGGACAACCUGCGUUGUGGUACCUGGUACAAAGUCAAACUUGCAGCAAAAAACAGUGUGGGAGCUGGUCGCAUUAGUGAGAUCAUUGAGGCCAAGACUCACGGCAGAGAGCCACAGUUCAAUAAAGACCAGCCCCUCUUCACUCACAUCAACUCCACCCACGCCCGCCUCAACCUACAGGGCUGGACAAGCGGCGGCUGCCCCAUCACUGCUGUCCUGCUAGAGUUCCGCCCCAAAGGCACCUGGGCUUGGCAGAGCGUGCGCACCAAUGCCUCAGCUGACAUAUUCCUCGCCGAGCUGCGUGAGGCCACUUGGUAUGAGCUAAAGAUGAAGGCAUGCAACAGCGCCGGGUGCGGAAACCAGAGCUCCCAGUUUGCCACUCUGGAUUAUGACGGUAGCACUAUUCCGCCUAUUAAGUCAGCACGAGGGGAAGGGGAUGAUGUUAAAAAGCUUUUCUCUAUCGGCUGCCCUGUCAUCCUCGUCACACUGGGCAUGGCCCUACUUUUCAUUAUCCGCAAGAAACGCAAAGAAAAGAGACUCAAGAGACUUAGAGAUGCUAAGAGCUUGGCUGAGAUGCUUAUCAGCAGUAAGAACAAUCGAAGUUUUGACACUCCUGUGAAAGGCCCACCUCAGGGACCCCGACUGCACAUAGAUAUCCCCCGCGUGCAACUGCUCAUCGAGGACAAAGAGGGAAUCAAGCAGAUAGGUGAAGACAAGGCCACCAUCCCUGUGACAGACACUGAGUUCAGCCAAUCAGUGAACCCUCAGAGCUUCUGUACAGGCGUGUCUGUGCAUCACCCCGCCCUCAUCCAGAACACAGGCCCUUUGAUUGACAUGUCAGACAUCAGGCCGGGCACCAAUCCAGUAUCGAGGAAGAGCGUGAAGUCUGCGCACAGCACGAGGAACCGCUAUUCCAGUCAGUGGACUCUGACUAAAUGCCAGGCGUCCACACCUGCUCGCACUCUCACCUCAGAUUGGCGGACAGUGGGCUCCCAGCAUGGCAUUACGGUCACAGAGAGUGACAGCUACAGCGCCAGCCUGUCCCAGGACACAGAUAAGGGACGAAACAGUAUGGUGUCCACAGAGAGUGCGUCUUCCACCUACGAGGAGCUGGCCCGAGCGUACGAACACGCUAAACUGGAGGAGCACCUGCAGCACGCCAAGUUCGAGAUCACAGAGUGCUUCAUCUCUGACAGCUCCUCUGAUCAGAUGACCACAGGCACCAACGAUAACGCAGACAGCAUGACCUCUAUGAGCACACCAUCCGAACCAGGCAUCUGUCGCUUCACUGCCUCUCCGCCCAAACCGCAGGAUUACGACCGCGGCAAAAACGUUGCAGUGCCCAUUCCGCACCGCGCCAACAAGAGUGAGUACUGUAACCUCCCCCUCUACAUGAAGACCGACCCUUUCUUCCGGAAACAAGCGGAGCUGCACGACCCCUGCCCUGUGGUCCCGCCUCGUGAGGCCUCCAUCCGGAGCCUUGCCGCCCGGGCCUACCACACACAGGGCCGUCACAUGACAUUAGACCCCUCCAAGCAGCAGGCCCUGACACUGGGCCACGGCGGCCUGAGCAGCCUGACCAGCUCAGGGGCCUCUGGUAUAUCAGGCCCAGCUUCAAGCGGGGCCGCUGGGAGCUCCAGCAUCAGCUCAGGCACAGCCACCCUGCCCCAGAGGACUCUCACCAUGCCCAGCACCUCCUCCACCUCCUCAGCCCCAAGCGGGGCAGCUGCCGCUGGAGCAGGAGCCAGCGCGAGCUCCACGGGAGGCAGCGGCCUGACGCCUGGCAGUUCCAAGGUCGGGGGAUCCAGAGACUCUCUGCUCGAGAGCAGCUCGUCCGGCCUGGGCAGACUGCAAAAGCAGAAUGCUGGGGCGUACUCCAAAUCCUACACUCUGGUGUAGCUCACACACAUACGUAUACACAUACAGUACGUUCCCACACUCCUGGAGUCUGGGCAGGGGCGGAAAUGAACAAUGGCGGGACAGGGGUCUCUCUCUUUUCCUCUCUGUUACCUUUUUUUUUGCUUUCCUUUUUUUAUUCUUCUGCUCAAGCUUUUUUAUCUGGCCUUCUCCAGGAUUAAAUAUGCCAAACCCCAGGACCCUUUCCCCCAAUUCUGCCUUUUUUUUAUUUUGCCUUACGUUUUGUCCUUCUCUCUCGCUUUCUUCCCCUCUCUCCUUUCUCUUCUCUCUGUCAAAGACACCUUGGACCUUAUGCACGAAAUGCUUUCCAUGUGCACUUGUUCAUUUGAUUUCUCGACUUCAGAAAAUAGGAAAAAGCGGUUUUAAGAGAUAUAUUGUUUCACAUUAACCUGUCUAGAUGUUUUUAGGCUGUCAAAAAAAGUGUCUCUUUUUAUGUCUCUCAUACUGCAACGCAUUGCCUCGGAAAGCUUAUGCAUAAACAAAUCCACCACGGUGUCCACCUUCCGCCCCUCCUGAUCCACAAUGGUCUGGAAAAACAGCUCGAAGACGAAAGUCUCGACCGCCUGAAUCGAGUCUUUGGGAUUUUUUUCAUGCAAUUGAUGACACAGUAUAGAGUGUUAUUGACUAUUUUGUAAACAAACAAGAAAAAAAAAACGUGGAAAAAAAAUGUCUGGAGCCAUUUUCACAGCGGAUGUAUGGUUACUGUACUUUUAUUUUGUUGUUCGGUUUUCUAUUUUCGAAAUUUUGAACUUUAGCACUAAGGAGGGCCGGGUGGAUCCACUGAGCUUUCUCAAGCUUGUGUACGUGUGGUGUGUGUGUGCAUGUGUAUGUAUAUGUGUAAAUAUAUAUGUAUACAUGUGGCCAGCACACACCUUUAAA